AUGCUGCAACCGAGCGAAAGAGAAAGGAAGCAGUCAACCACACAUGCCAAAUCUUUCAUAUGCUAUAAUGACUGGGUCAAUGGGUACAACAAAAGCAGUGAACCCAAACAAACAAAACCACAAGUGCCGUUAGGCGACCCAAAUACCAUGAAUUACAACACAACAGAAACAGAAGCAGAUCUCCUAUCGAAUCGCUGUCCUGCCGGUUUCACGAGGGGCGGCAACGAGGUGCUGGCAGAACCUCUAAUCGAUGCAGUAAUCGAAGCUCCUGGCUGCGAACGCAUACAGCCCCAAGAGUCCCAAGCCAAUGAAAUCUACACACAAGAUAGAGGUUGGGAUAAUAUAUUGGAGCUGGAAGACAUGGACAUAUUACAAAUAGACCUAGAAGAGACAAUAAAUGACAAUACUGAUGAAAGCGAAACAGACUCACUAUUCGAAGAUGAACAAGACAUGCAAACAAGACAGGCUCCCCAAAAGAGCCUCAAACCAAGGAACUCGAUGAUAAAAGGUCCAAUACCAGGGAUCAAAAUUGGCUCACUAAAUGUCCGAGGGAGACGAACAACAUCUGUAGAGCAGAGAACCAAAGACAAGUUCCAAAUGAUCAGCAAAUGGAUUAAAACCAACGAAAUGACGAUAACAGCACUUGUGGACACCCACUGGGAUGAAGAAUAUGUUAAAAGCCUCAAAGUCAAACACAAGCAAAUCUUCUGCAGCCAUGAGACUACUCACCGAGGAGGAAUAGCCUUCAUAAUUGACACAAAGAAAUGGAAACCAAAAGAAUCGAAAUUCACAACACUCAUCGAAGGUCGAAGUGGAAUGCUAGACAUUGAGUAUGAUCAGCAAAGACUCAAGAUAGUAGCGAUAUAUGUACCACCAGACAGAAAAGAAAAGAUUGAAAUACUACGUGCCCUCAGAAAGAAACUGAGAAAUGAGAUCGAAAAGGAAAACCUAAUAAUAAUGGGAGAUUUCAACUUAGUCGAAGAAGAUAUGGACCGCGAACCAUGCCACCCUGAUGACAGAGAAACAGUGAAUGAACUCACAAAACUAAAAGCUGAACUAAACCUUAUAGAUGGCUGGAGAAAUGCAAACCCAGAAGAACGAGCAUACACCUGGAGCGGAAAAAACAGAAACGAUCACUCAUUUGCAAGAAUUGACAGGAUAUACAUAGAAGACUCACUAACAGAAAGAGCGAAUGAAUGGAGAAUAGAACCGACCGAGUCGAAACUAUCGGACCACUCAGGGGUCACAGUGAAAAUACUAGACCCAGAACCACCCUUUAUUGGAGCAGGUGAAUGGAGACUCCCACUAAACAUUAUAGAACACCCCCAUUUCCGAAAAAAGACAACAGAAGCUCUGGAGAAAUUAGAAAGACAGCUAGGAUACUAUAUGAAUGGACUCAACAAAACCAAAAAGAACCAUAGGAAAAUCGAAAGCCUAAGGAAAACGAUCAACCCCCAAGAAUCAUGGCAAUCCUAUAAAGAAGUGAUUAGAACUGCAGCACAAGAAGCACAACAAAUACGAAGGAAACACAUUACAAAAGAGAGAAGACAAUUGGACCGGGAACUCCGAGCACUUCAGCGAAAACCAACGCCCUAUAUGGAUGAAAAUGAGCUCAAAGAUAUCAGAUCAAAGAUGCAUGUGACCGAAAAAAAGAUAAAGGACCUAACUGAGGAACACAACACCAGAGCAGACGCCAGUAUUGCAGCAAGAUGGUUCAAAGAGGAUGAGAAAGGCUCAAAACUAUGGUAUAGUUUAAACAAGGAAAGACCAAAGAGACAAAUCUUCUACUCACUCUUCAAAAAAGGAGCCGAAGAAACCCGAAAUACCGAAGAGAUGAUGGAAAUAGCCAGGGCACACCAUGAACUAUCAAAAACAGAAACCCACAAUCUAAAAAGCGGAAUCUCGUAUAUGGAAGUUGAGGACACCAUACGCGAAUCACAGACAGGCAAAGCACCAGGAUGUGAUGGGAUACCUAAUGAAUUCUGGAAGCAUGAGUUAGAAAGAUAUAAGAAGUCAAAGGAAACAGGGAAUAGAAGGCCAAGCAUCAUAAUGCUAAUGAAGAUCGUGCUCACUGACAUUGAUAUCCAUGGCCCAAUCAACGAAAGAUUUGCAGAAGGCCGAAUGAGCCUCCUCUACAAAAAGAAAGAUAUAAGAGAUAUUGAGAACUACCAGCCAAUCACUUUGCUCAACACCGAUUAUAAGAUAUACACCACAAUACUCACUGGGAAACUGAAAGCAGUAGCACCUUCGAUAAUUAACCUAGACCAGGCAGGCUUCAUGCCAAAGCGAAGCAUAUAUGACCAGACAAAACUCCUGGAACUUAUAAUAAAACUAAGCGAAAAUAGACGAGCAAAUGGAAUGGUCAUGGCACUCGACCAAGAGAAAGCAUACGACAGAAUAGACCACACGUACCUAUGGGCAACUAUGAAGGCAUUUGGGAUCCCCAAGUGCUUCAUAAGAAGAGUCCGCAAGCUCUAUGAAAAUGCAGGAACAUCCAUAAGACUAAAUGGAUGCACUACAAAUCCCUUCAAAGUGGAUAGAGGAGUAAGACAAGGAGACCCACUAUCAUGCCUCCUAUACAAUAUAGCAAUAGAACCACUCUUUGAGCUAAUCCGAACAUCGGGCCUGAAAGGAAUCUACAUCAACAAAGACACGUUCAAUGCACUAGUGAUGGCAUAUGCAGACGAUACCACAGUAUACCUAUGUGAAACAGACAAGCUAGAGAUAUUAGAAGAAUGUAUAGAACUAUUCUGUAAAGCAUCAACUGCAAAAUUUAAUAAAUCAAAAACCGAAGUCAUACCAGUAGGCGAUCCAGAAUAUAGAAAGAAACUAAUUGAAUCCAGAACUUUCAAUGGAAAAAGGAUAGAAAACAACAUAAAGAUAGCAAAAGAUGGCGAGCCAGUCAGAAUCCUAGGGUCGUGGCAAGGGAACAAGGUGAACGCAGAGCACAAAUGGUCAGAGAUCAUGGAAAAGCAACUCAAAAUAAUGAAGCUGUGGGCAUCCUCCUUCCCAACAACGAUUGCCAGAUCAAGAAUUGCGAAACAACUAGUAGUGUCACGAGCCCUUUAUCUAAUGACAGUCAAUGGGAUAUCGAGAGAGAAUCUAGAGACCAUGGAAAGAAAUAUCAGAAGCUUUAUAUGGGGCGGAAAGAAAGGCAGUAUUGCAUGGGAAAGAGCAAUAAGAAACAAGAAAGAAGGUGGAAUAGGGGCACCAAGCGUCAAACUAGUAUACGAAGCUACCAAAGUGAUGUGGCUGAAACGAUGGCUUACCCCAGGGAACAUGAGACCUAAAUGGUCCUUUGCAGCGAACGAGAUACUAACAAAUGCACGCCAAAACAACCCAAUGGUGGACGAAAGAUGCAUAACAGAAUGGGUAGAACAGAGUUGGAAAUCAAAAAUAAAGAUUGAAGAAGUACCAGGCUCACUACGAGACAUGAUCAAAGUAGCACGAAAGCAUAAUCUGAAAAUCUCAAUACUAAGAGCACCAAUGGCCCUAAAACUCAAUAUGCCGGCCUUUUUCCAUCCUGGAAAUGAAAGCAAUCGAAAGAACAACACCCAGAGGGCAAAAUGCCUUCGAAAGAACCACGCAAUAUACACA